GCUUAGGGUCUAAUGCUUGGGAGGAUAUUACAGGCAGUCUCAGUCAGUCCAGUCCGUCUGCCUUUAGGACUAUUCUCUUCGACGCGCACAAUCCGACGGUAUGCCCUAUUAGCGCACAUUAGGUACUCUCCUUAUCCUGCGCCGUCUUUACAAACCCAUAUGUGGAACUUCAAUUUGGUUGUUCGAUUUGUACUCUGUCUCAUUAAAUCGAGCCCUUUCCAUCCAAAACCAAAACCCAAUAAUUUCUCGCUCUAAAAUUUCUGGGCUCCAGUCGUGUGAGAUAGAGAAACAAAGCAAAUACCGAAAGCUGCAUAAAUGGCCACAGAGUUACCGGAAGGAACCUUAAAUAACAUACUGGAUCAAGAGUCGCUCAAGUGGGUCUUUGUGGGAGGAAAAGGUGGCGUGGGCAAGACCACCUGUAGUUCCAUCAUCUCAAUCCUCCUCUCUAGGGUUCGAUCCUCUGUUUUGAUCAUCUCCACUGACCCUGCUCACAAUCUCAGCGAUGCGUUUCAGCAACGGUUCACCAAGACACCCACUUUGGUUAAUGGGUUUUCCAAUCUCUAUGCUAUGGAGGUGGAUCCUAAUGUGGAAAAUGAUGAUGUGGGCAGUGCCGAUGGAAUGGACGGCUUAUUUUCCGAACUAGCAAAUGCAAUCCCUGGAAUUGAUGAGGCUAUGAGCUUUGCAGAGAUGCUGAAAUUAGUGCAAACAAUGGAUUAUUCGGUCAUAGUUUUUGACACUGCCCCAACUGGCCAUACACUGCGCUUGUUGCAAUUUCCAUCAACCUUAGAAAAGGGUCUCACGAAAAUGAUGUCCUUGAAAAGUAAAUUUGGUGGUAUAAUCAGUCAGAUGACCCGCCUCUUUGGUGUGGAUGAAGAGUUUGGUGAGGAUGCAAUUCUGGGAAAGCUCGAAGGCAUGAAAGAUGUGAUUGAACAAGUUAAUAAACAAUUCAAAGACCCAGACUUGACAACCUUUAUCUGUGUUUGCAUUCCAGAGUUCCUCUCUCUUUAUGAAACAGAGAGACUGGUCCAGGAACUCACCAAGUUUGAGAUAGAUACACACAAUAUUAUCAUUAACCAAUUACUUUAUGAUGAAGAAGAUGUAGAGUCCAAGUUACUCAAAGCUAGAAUGCGGAUGCAACAGAAGUACCUUGACCAGUUCUACAUGUUGUAUGAUGACUUUCACAUCACCAAGUUGCCUUUGCUGCCGCAAGAGGUUACAGGGGUUGAAGCUCUGAAGGCAUUUUCAAAUAAUUUUCUGUCACCAUAUCAACCUUCCACGAGUAAAGGCACAGUGGAGGAGUUGGAGCAAAGAGUAUCCACACUGAGGCAGCAGUUGAAAGAUGCUGAAGCAGAGCUAGAACGACUUAGAAAAGGAAAACAAAAGGUCUGAUGAUGCUCGGCUCAAUGG